UGGCGGCGCAAGCUCAGGGAUUCUCAGCCUACUCGUAGGAGGCAGUGGCGGCGCAAGCUCAGGGAUUCAGCGGCGCAGGCCUCAUGGUGCCCGCAGGCAGUUGGACCCAUUGGAAGGCAGGCAACCAAAGCUUCUUGGUCACCGAGACGCGGCACACGCACAUCGGCUGCGCGGACGCGUGCGCGUCCCUCCCCGGCGAUCCGGCCUCGCUUGCGUGCCUCGACUCUGAUGGCGCUGUCGAGUUUGUGGCAGAGACCCUCCUUGGUGUUGGCGUGUAUGGAUACAGCGGCCCGAAUUAUUGGUUUGGAUUGCACCAGUCGCCCAACGAUCAAGGCCCAGCGGCUGGUUGGAAGCCGGCGGUGGAGGGAUGCGACGCCGGCUACUCUGCUUGGCUGCCUGGUGAGCCAGACGACCUGUUCUACAUGCAAGACUGCGCCGCAGUCACGGCAAGUGGCGGCUGGCGGGAUGAGGGUUGCUUCCGAGAGUACCCGUGCAUAUGCCAGCUGCACCGCACGCUCGCCCCGACGUACCGUGCCGAUUACAAGGCUAACAUGAACAUCAGCAGGGCGGCCAUUGGCAUGCUCGCCUACUUUGGAGGCUGUAGCGGGGUCACAUUCGCUCUUCUUUGCGCCUGGAACCUGCUGCGUAUCCGCUCUGCCCGCGACCGCGGUUCCCGCGGCUCCGGUCGCCGGUGUCUGCGCCGUGGCGGUGGCGUGAGCUCAGCGGGCGGCGGCAGCGUCGCCGGCGGGAGCGGCGGCGUGGGCAGGAGCUGUGCCGUCAGCUUCAGCGUCAACACCACGAACAGCGGCGCCACCAACGCCGCUAGCAGCGGCGCCGUCAGCGAUGCCGCCGGCAGCGGUGCUGAGCGGGGCACCGCCAGGUCGUUGAUCUGCGAGAGGCUCAGAGCGUGGCGACGGCGCUCGGCGCUCGGCUCGGCCAAGUCGCUCGUCCCCAAGCCGCAGUCGGCGGCGAGCCGGAGCACGGUGGCGGCCAAGCUGAGCCGUGCCGGGGCCGCGCGACGUCGGGCG